UAUUUAGCACAAACCAUGACCGUAGAACACCGAACCUCACAUGCCACACCUCACUCCCAACUCGAUCGGCUCCGUCAUCGAAUCAGCUGUGUCAAAGCGUUCCUUGCUUCUCGGCCGCGCCGCCCAUGCCUUCAUAAUCAGAACCCUCGACACUCCUCCCCCUGCCUUCCUCUCCAACCACCUCGUCAAUUUGUACUCCAAACUAGACCUCCCCGGCUCGGCAGAACUCGUCAUCCGGCUCACCCCUUCUCGCUCUGUCGUCACUUGGACGACCCUCAUUGCCGGUCUCGUACAAAAUGGUCACUUUGCUUCUGCCCUCAUCCACUUCUCGAAUAUGCUGCGUGACCACGUUCAGCCCAAUGACUUUACCAUCCCUUGCGCCUUCAAAGCCGCCGCCUCGUUACGGUUGCACGCUACUGGGAAACAGGUUCAUGCUUUCUCAGUCAAGUCUGGUCAAGUCACGGAUGUUUUUGUUGGGUGCAGUGCAUUUGCUAUGUACUUGAAAACGGGGCUGAUAGAGGAGGCCAAGAAGUUGUUUGAUGAAAUGCCUGAGAAGAGUAUUGCCAUGUGGAACGCUUAUAUUUCCAAUGCCGUGGAUGUCGGAAGGCCAAGGGACGCUGUUCAUAAGUUUAUUGAGUUUCGAAGAGCUGGUGGGAACCCUGAUUCGAUAACAUUCUGUAAGUUCCUUAAUGCCUGCUCGGAUGCAUCGUAUGUGGAGCUUGGCCAACAGCUGCAUGGGUUUUCAAUUCGAAGUGGAUUUGAAGAGAGUGUCCAAGUUUCAAAUGGGUUUAUUGAUUUUUAUGGGAAGUGCGGGAAGACUGGACAGGCGGAGGUGGUUUUUGAUGAGAUGAGGGAGCGGAAUGAUGUUUCGUGGUGCACGCUGGUUUCUGUUUUUGUGCAAAAUCAUGAAGACGAGAAGGCAUGUGGAGUGUUCUUGCGUGCGAGGAAAGAGGGUGUUGAGCCAAAGGAUUUUAUGGUCUCAAUUGUUAUUAGUGCCUGUGCAGGGCUUUCAGGACUUGAAUUAGGCAGGUCAGUUCAUUCGCUUGCCGUAAAAGCCUGUGUGGAUGAUAAUAUUUAUGUUGGAAGUGCACUGGUUGACAUGUAUGGAAAAUGUGGAAGUAUAGAAGAUGCAGAGCGUGCCUUUCAUGAGAUGCCUGAAAGAAAUUUGGUCACUUGGAAUGCCAUGAUGGGUGGGUAUUCCCACCAAGGGCAUUCUGACACGGCCUUGGCAUUGUUUGAAGAAAUGACUGGAAGCUACAGGGUGCCACCAAGUCAUGUGACUUUGGUUUGUGUAUUAUCUGCCUGUACUAGGGCAGGAGCUGUAAAACAGGGCAUGGAAAUAUUUGAGUCAAUGAGGGAGAGGUAUGGGAUUGAAGCCAGCGCAGAACAUUAUGCUUGCAUCGUUGACUUGUUAGGCCGAGCUGGGAUGGUUGAGCGUGCCUAUGAAUUUAUAAAGAAAAUGCCUAUUUCCCCUACAAUUUCAGUUUGGGGAGCUCUUUUGAAUGCCUGCAAGGUGUACGGGAAGCCAGAAUUGGGAACGAUUGCUGCUCAUAAGUUGUUUGAACUUGACCCAAAAGAUUCUGGCAACCAUGUGCUACUGUCAAAUUUGUUAGCAGCUUCUGGGAGGUGGGAAGAAGCGACCCUAGUGAGAAAGGAGAUGAAGGAUGUUGGGAUCAAGAAGGGCACAGGUUACAGCUGGGUCACCGUGAAGGGUAAGGUCCACACUUUCCAAGCAAAGGAUACUGGCCAUGAUAGAAACUCCGAAAUUCAGGCUACCCUGGCUAAGCUAAGGAGGCAGAUGGAGGCAGCUGGCUAUAUACCGGACACUAAAUAUUCACUCCACGAUUUAGAAGAGGAAGAGAAAAUGACUGAAGUUGGGCACCAUAGCGAGAAGAUUGCCCUUGCAUUCAGCCUUCUAGCUCUCCCUCCUGGGGUACCGAUAAGGAUCACGAAAAAUCUGAGAAUAUGUGGAGAUUGCCAUAGUGCAUUUAAAUUUAUUUCAGGCAUUGUUGGGAGAGAGAUUUUAGUGAGAGAUAACAAUCGGUUUCAUCGCUUUCGGGAUGGGCAUUGCUCUUGUAGAGAUUAUUGGUGAUUGGGACUUCCUACACAUUCUUUUGUAACAGAACUUCCUAGUCUUUACCAUGAUAAGGAAAUUGUUCACAGUUUUGAUA